AUGAAUAAUAAUAGUUUAUCUGGUACAAUUCCAUCAACUUUACAGCAUUGCAAUCAACUUGUAGUUAUUGAUUUGAGUUGCAAUAAAUUGUCCGGAGCUAUACCCAGAUGGUUUGGAAGGAGACUAUCAGUAUUGCAAGUUCUUUCUCUAAGGUCAAAUAAUUUCACCGGUGCAAUUCCACAACAGCUCUUUCUGAUCCCAUCCCUCCAAGUGCUAAACUUGGCUCACAAUAAUCUCUUUGGCUCUUUGCCUCCAAGUUUUGGCAAGUUUACCUCCAUGAUGGCAAGCCAGAACACAAAUAAAUCUGCUCCAUUAUAUGGUGGUUCCAUUUAUUACUUGGAGAGUGUCAUCAUAACUGCUAAGGAUAUAGAACUUCAGUUCACUACUAUGCUUUCAAUUGUCACCAGUAUUGAUCUCUCAAACAAUAAUCUCUCAGGUGACAUUCCUACAGAGAUCACAAACCUUCAUGGCCUUCACUUCCUCAACUUGUCUAUGAAUCAUUUCUCAGGAAACAUACUAGAUAAGAUUAGUCUUAUGAGUCAACUAGAAUCACUUGAUCUUUCAAAGAACAACUUAUCGGGUAGAAUUUCUUUGAGCAUUUCUGCUUUGUAUUCUCUGAGCAUUUUAAAUUUAUCUUACAACAAUUUGAUUGGAAAAAUACCAACGGGCAGUCAGCUGCAAACCUUCACCAACUUGUCAUAUAUUGACAACCCUGAGCCCUGUGGGGAGCCACUCCAAAUCAAGUGCCCAGGCGACAAUCCAACCAUUGAUAAUGGAGUAGCAAAAGAAAAGGACAUGCAUGAAGAUGAUGAAUAUGGAAGAAUUUGGUAUUUCAUUGGCUUUGCUCUUGGAUUUGUGUUUGGCUUCUGGGGAUUCCUGGGUGCAGUUAUGAUCAAGAGGAGCACAAGAAUCAAAUACAUUCUAAUCAUUGAUAGGAUUUGUGGUUGGUUUAUGUAUAUGCAAUCAAAAUUUAGCCUUAAAUAG